AAAAUAUGCUGGAGUUGACUGCACAUAUAAAUACCUGCAUAUCUAAUACUUCUGUGCCAUCCUUUCAGUCAACGAGGGUGAGGAAAGUAGUGCCAACAAAGAUGGCAAUCAGUCAAGACAUUUUGGUGGUAAUGAUGCUACUACAUGGAGUAAUGGGAACCAUGGUCAAUCUCAACAAUAAUGGCUUUGAAGACAUUGUUAUUGCUAUUAAUCCAACGAUACCUGAAGAUGACAAAAUUGUUACCAACAUAAAGGAUAUGGUUAAAGAAGCAUCCAAUUAUCUCAUCAGUGCUACAGAACGAAGAUUUUACUUUAAGUCUGUAAAAAUUAUAAUUCCAUUGACAUGGACAUCAAAACCAGAGUAUAAAAGAGUAAUAAGAGAAUCCUACGAAAAAGCUGACAUCAUAGUAGCUAAUCCUUACAUGAAAUCUGGAGAUGAUCCCUAUACCCUGCAGUAUGGAGGUUGUGGGAUACCAGGAAGAUACAUUCAUUUCACACCAAAAUUUCUGACAAAUGACAAUUUGCAUGAUGUUUAUGGAUCUCGAGGUAGAGUCUUUGUCCAUGAGUGGGCUCAUCUAAGAUGGGGUGUCUUUGAUGAAUAUAAUUAUGAUGCUCCUUUCUAUGUUACCAACAAAAAAGUUGAGGCAACAAGAUGUUCAGCUAGUGUCACUGGUGUUUAUAUAUUUCCAACUGGACCAGGAAACUACAGAGCCUGCAAUUUCCAGGAGAGGACUCAGAUGUAUGAACCGGGAUGUCAAUUUGUACCACAUAAAUCCCAAAGCACUCCAGUGUCGAUAAUGUAUAUGCAAAGUCUACCUUCUGUUACUCUGUUCUGUAAUGAAAGUAAUCAUAAUAUGGAAGCACCAAACCUGCAAAACAAAAUCUGCAGCUAUAAGAGUACGUGGGAAGUAAUCAUGAAUUCCACUGACUUCGCCUCUUCAUCUAUAAUAAAUACUCCUCUACCUGACCCUACUUUCACCCUGAUGCAAGCACGCGACAGAGUUGUCUGUUUGGUGCUUGAUGUUUCCGGAAGCAUGAGCGGUUAUGAUCGCAUUGCUCGUCUCAGGCAAGCUGCAGAAGUGUUCGUCCUACAAAUCAUUGAAACUGGUUCCUGGGUUGGAAUUGUAACGUUUCACAGCACUGCCAGCAUUACGAUUGGCUUGCAACAGAUUGUCAGUGACAAAAUACGGCAGAAUCUUGUGAAUCAUUUGCCUACCAUAGCUAAUGGAGGGACUAAAAUUUGUGCUGGAGUGCGCAAAGGAUUUCAG